AUGCCCCUAUUUCGAGAUCCGGACCGUCGGAGUCACUAUAUAUGGUCACCAGACCGUGAUAACCGUGAACACCCGACCACAGGGUCCCCGGGGUCUCAACCGAAUGAAAUGGGCAACGGUGUGCUUAAUGAUUCAGAAACUGCUAGAGCACCUGUUGACUCUAUGGAGCUAUCGCCGUCUGAGUUAAAUUUGCCCAAAUCGUGGGCCAACGACCGGGAGCAGCUCAUACAUCAUAUCAAGGAAUCCUCGUCAUGGAAACAACACACGGUAUGUAGGGUGGACGAUGACGUCUUCAUGCCUCACUUAUGGCAGGAACAGUUCCAAACACCAGGAGCUAAUAUAGACAACAUGCCCAAUACAGAAAACCUGGAAUCGCCGGCCGAUAUCCAGAGGCCUCGAUCGGCGUUGCAUUCGGGCGACUUCAGGGAAGGCCAUGAUCCAAAAUCACCACAGUCACUUUUUGGGGAGCGGAGCUCGAGUUCUCCAUUCGCUCAUUUAAGCUCAUCGCCUACGACUCCCUGGUUUGGAGCACCGAAAUUUGCCCCGGCGUUGCAGCACAUAAGCACGUUGAAUGAUCACGGCCAGUCUGAACGUGCCAGGCAUGCUCGUGCUCGCGCGCCUUCAUUAGGCUCAUUCUCGUCUAGCUAUGUGCUUAAAGCACCUACAAGCCCCCUGGUUUACCAGGCAAAUAAUGCCGACUCGGAUUAUUCACCACAGAUCGGUCCUAUAGACGUUGUGGAUCCAUCGGAGAGAGCAAAUCGCCGUCGAACUCUACCGCCAGAGACAUUUAGAAAUCUCCAAUUCUCUCCGCCGAGUAAUCAAAUGAUCAGUCCGGGUAGCCCAUCCCCAACAAAGCGGCGGCAGGAUUCCUCCAGCCAGAUCCCUCCAACUUCUCCUCGCCGGUCGUUGACUUCGGCGUACAGUCUUCAGCUUGCACCGUCGCCAGCAGGGCAGAUUCCACAAUCGCGAGCGAGAAGACCAUCUUUCGCCUCUGAAGUUUCGGUCAAACCACAUGCUCCAAUGGUUGGUUCCUACGAGGAGUCGAUAUUGCGCGGGCGCAUGUCUAUGAAUCCUUCCAAGCCUCUGGACUUCACGGCUCAGAUUGGUGUGUUAGGCAAAGGAAACUGCAAAGGUGCUCUCAAGUGCCCGCCCCAUGUCACAGUGCCGUUUCCAGUUGUUUUUUACAGCUAUCCAACUUCGGGAUCUGGCCGGUCCAUCUCAGAUGACAAUCCUAGUCCCUACGUUGGACAAAUUGAUCUCGAGCACUCACUGCCAAAAGAGAACCUGCCACCGACCAGACGUCGCAGAAGACACACAAGUCCAUUGGAGCACCGUGACGGCACUCCUGUGGAGGGAUCAAAUCCUGGUCGUACGUCUGAGGUCGGAACACAGCGCCGCCGGGAAAAGAAGCAUCGCAGGUCCGAAUCGCCCAAACGUCCCCCUGGGGGGGCGUACCGGAUUCCUCAACAGGGGCAAUUGCAGAUCAUUAUCAAAAAUCCACAUAAAACGGCGGUGAAACUAUUCUUGGUUCCCUACGACCUCAGCGAUAUGGAGCCUGGCACCAAAACCUUCAUUCGGCAGCGUAGCUACUCGGCAGGUCCGAUCAUUGACAUGCCGCUCAGUGCCCGGAAGAAUUUCGGCACUGAUCGCCCUGAAGCUUCUUUGAAUCCCACAGAAGAUCCCAAAGACAAGCCGACUUUACGAUAUCUCAUUCACCUAAAUAUUUGCUGCCCUUCUCGGGGCCGCUUUUAUUUACAUUCAAGCAUUCGGGUUGUGUUCGCGAACCGUGUUCCGGACGGCAAAGAGAAGCUUCGCAAUGAAAUACAGAACCCUGAGCCUCGGUAUAGCCCAUAUAAGCCCUCUCGCGAAACAUCGAUUCCUGCUCCUGGAUGCCCAAACCCUCGAUCGCCAAUGGACCUUGCAUCUCGCAGACGAAGCGUUGGCCAAGGUCCAUUCUUCAACCUUCAUUCUCCUGUGUCAUCACCAGUCCACCUCCACUCGCAACUAGAUGAUCCAACUCCAAUGGAUCUCACAGAUUCCACUGAGCACUCACACACCCGCGACCUAUCUUUUGGUCAUAACCUCUACCACAGCGAUGCCCACCCUGCAAGCCACCACUCCACUUCAGGUCCAGGUUCAAGCAUCCCCGAACCGGGUGAAAGCCUACUUGCAAAAAGACUUCGGGGCCUUGACGUCCACAGGCAAAAUUCACUAGACGAGCAGUACCCACAUAACAGGGGAUUCCAUGAUCGAUUGUCACCACACGAUCCCCGCCUUCGCUGA